UUGGAGUUGGUAAUUUUGUUAACUUUUUCCUUUUUAUUUUUUUUUCCUUUGGCCACUGUAUAUGUUGUCUCUUAGCUCAUCAUCAUCAUCGUCUUCUUCUUGUUAUUCUAGUUAUUUGGGUCAUACUUGCUGCUCUCUCAUCACUCUAUUCUUGUGUCGGUUUCGGAAUUUGAUAUUUUCCGAGAUUGAGUUUAGUUAAAUGCAGAAAAUUCACAGCUCAAUUACCCUGUUGGUCCGAGACAGUAGAUAAGUAUGUUGGAAAAGAUGGAAGAGUUCAACGGUGACAUAGUGAUUGAUGAAUUUGAAGCCUUAACUGCAGAUGCUGAGAGGGUCCAAAGGGAGACCCUGAAGCAGAUUUUGGAGGAAAAUGAAUCAGCAGAGUACUUACAGAAUUCAGGCCUCAAUGGAAGAACUGACCCAGAAAGCUACAAAUCUUGUGUUCCAAUUGUUACUCAUAAGGAACUUGAACCUUAUAUUAUGAGAAUUGCAGAUGGGGAAACUUCACCUAUUCUCACCGGAAAACCCAUCACUACAAUCUCACUAAGCUCUGGUACUACUCAAGGAAAGCCCAAGUUUGUACCUUUCAAUGAUGAAUUGAUGGAUUCAACCAUGCAGAUAUACAGGACUUCUUUUGCCUUUAGAAACAGAGAAUUUCCUAUAAGGAAUGGAAAGGCUUUGCAGUUUAUUUAUAGCAGCAAGCAAUUCAAGACCAAAGGGGGUCAGCUUGCAGGAACAGCUACAACUAAUGUUUUUCGAAACUCGCAGUAUAAGAAAACUAUGAUGGCAAUCCAAUCUGAGUGUUGCAGCCCUGAUGAAGUAAUAUUUGGUCCUGAUUUUCGCCAAUCUCUUUACUGCCAUUUUCUGUGUGGACUCAUAUUCAGGGAUGAAAUUCAGCUGAUAUCCUCAACAUUUGCUCAUAGCAUAGUCCACUCUUUUAGAACCUUGGAAAAGGAUUGGGAAGAGUUAUGUACUAACAUUCGAGAUGGAGUCCUAAGCAGCUGGAUUACGACUCCAUCGGUUCGAGCUGCAAUGGGAAAAUUGCUGAAGCCCAAUCCUGAAUUGGCCAAUUUGAUCUAUGACAAAUGUUCAAGUUUGAGUAAUUGGUAUGGACUAGUACCAGCUCUUUUUCCCAAUGUGAAGUACAUUUAUGGGAUCAUGACAGGGUCAAUGGAGCCUUACUUGGCCAAGUUGAGGCACUAUGCAGGGGAGGUUCCUCUUGUAAGUGCUGAUUAUGGAUCCUCUGAAGGAUGGAUUGGAGCCAAUGUCAACCCAACACUGCCUCCUGAGUUAGUCACUUAUGUGGUUCUUCCUAACAUUGGCUAUUUUGAGUUCAUUCCUAUAAAUGAUAGCAUUGGUACAGAGACAAAGCCAUUGGGUCUCACUGAGGUCAAGAUUGGUGAAGAGUAUGAGAUUCUUGUCACUAAUUAUGCAGGUUUGUACAGGUAUAAGCUGGGAGAUGUAGUGAAGGUAAUGGGGUUCCAUAACUCAACCCCUGAGCUCAAAUUCGUCUGCCGCAGAAAUCUUUUGCUCACAGUCAACAUUGACAAAAAUACUGAGAAAGAUUUGCAGCUAGCUGUGGAAGAAGCAGCCAAGCUGUUAGCUGGUGAGAAACAAGAUUUGGUUGACUUUACUAGUCAUGUUGACAUGUCCACUGAUCCAGGUCACUAUGUCAUCUUCUGGGAGCUAAGUGGUGAGGCCAGUGAAGAAAUUCUUGGCGAAUGCUGCAACUGUUUGGACAAAUCUUUCGUCGAUGCAGGCUACAUCAGCUCGCGCAAAGUUAACACCAUUGGUGCUCUUGAGCUCCGAGUGGUUCGAAAGGGAACCUUUCAGAAAUUAAUGGAUCAUUACUUAGCAUUAGGCUCUGCUGUUAGCCAAUUUAAGACACCUCGGUAUGUUGGACCAACAAACAAUGUGGUUUUACAAAUCUUGUGCUCUAAUGUUGUUAAAACCUACUUGAGUACUGCUUAUUGAAAUUAGAUAUGGAAAAGGCAGCUUUCCGGUCCACCAUAUUAAUCCAUUCUACAAAUAUAUAGCUUUAGUCUCAUUUUAGUAUCUAUUUCUUCACAUAUAUAUAAGUGUCCAUCAAUAUGCUGCAUCUAAAUAAAAUUGGUGUCGUUUUUCUGUUCAAA